GCCGGAUGUGUCAUUCGGCGGGUAGGACGUAUCCUCUCCUCAGUUUCACCGCUCGCCACGCAUGUUCAAUUUUCCUCUCCAAGCAGCAAAAACGUGAAGAAAACAAUCUAAAAUGAAAAUUGUUACCAAUCCUGGUAAUCCGCAUGGAUUAGCUUUUUUAUUAGCAGCAAAAUUUGGGAAGAAAGCUGUGAAAAUUGAAAAGUUAGAAAUCGAUGAUUCUCAGCUACAACCUCCAAAGCAUCUGCCCUAUUUGUUACUACCAUCUGGACAGAAGAUAUUUGGAAAAGAAGCCGGUAUUCGGUAUCUACUAGCAGACUCCGCGGAAGUUUCUGUGAAAGCUGAGGAACUAACCGAAUGGCUCCUCACGGAUUUUAUUCCCAUCCUUACAACCGUCAUGACAUCCGGAAGUCGACGAGAGACCACUACGGCUAUGAAAUUCAAAGAAUUCGCCAAAAAGCUCGAUGACAUUCUCAAGAACGAAGAGUAUUUGUCUGGGAAACAUCCAUCAACUCCAGACUUUAUUCUUUGGAGUAUUCUUUCAACUGGAACUGCCACGAAGGAAGUUUCGGGUUUUGAGAAUCUCUGCAAGUGGCAUGAAAAAAUCUCGAAUUCCCCCGAGGCAAAGGAAGCUCUUUCUUCGUACAACGAUGAUCUCACUUUUACAUCCCUCCAAAAUGCAAAUAAAUUCGGCUCAAGCAUCAGUAGCAGUGCUCCGCAAGCACCCGUAGCCGAUGAAUCACCCACGGCUGAUGCAAUUUCCGCAGAGGAAAUUGCAGCUGCUAUUGAAGGAUUCAUUUUCCAAGACAUUCCUCAGAAGAAAGACGUUCGGACUGUUUUACCCAGGAAAGGUGAAAGGAAUAUUCUCAUUACAUCAGCACUUCCCUACGUCAACAACGUUCCGCAUCUUGGGAAUAUAAUUGGAUGUGUCCUAUCGGCUGACAUAUUUGCCCGGUAUUGCCGACUCAGUGGCUACAAUACCCUCUACAUUUGCGGAACAGAUGAGUACGGUACAGCUACGGAAACCAAGGCAAUUGCCGAGAAGAUGACACCUCAAGAAAUUUGCGACAAAUACUUUGAAAUUCACAAUUCCAUCUACAGAUGGUUUGGCAUUGGAUUUGAUUUUUUCGGUCGUACAACGACCCUGGAACAGACACAAAUAGUGCAAAAUAUGUUUCACGAACUCUACGACGCGGGGUACGUGAGCACCGAAUCGGUGGCACAGUUGUUGUGUCAAAAGUGCCAACGCUAUCUUGCUGAUCGAUUUGUCGAGGGAACAUGUCCGCAUGUUGGGUGUGGGUAUGAGGAUGCACGAGGGGAUCAAUGCGAUAGCUGUGGAAAACUCGUGAAUGCCACGGAACUCAUUAAACCACGAUGUAAAUUGUGCAAUGCAACACCCGUUCUACGAGAUUCGAGUCAAUUCUUCAUUAAUCUGCCCAAGAUUGAACCAAAAUUGAGGGAGUGGUUUGGCACCGUUGAAAAGGGAUGGACACACAAUGCGCGUGUUAUCACAAAAUCCUGGCUGAGGGAAGGUCUUCGUCCACGAUGUAUUACACGUGAUCUCAAAUGGGGUAUUCCCGUGCCAAAGCCGGGAUUUGAAAGCAAAGUCUUCUACGUGUGGUUUGAUGCGCCCAUUGGGUAUAUGUCAAUCACGAGCAAGUACACGAGAGAGUGGAAACAGUGGUGGCAACCGCAGGCGGAUGUUAAUGUGUCGCUGUACCAGUUUAUGGCCAAGGACAAUGUUCCCUUUCAUUCAGUCAUGUUCCCCGCAACCCUUUUGGCCAUCAACAAGGGUUACACAACUGUGAGUCACAUAAUGGCCACGGAGUACCUCAACUAUGAGGAUGGGAAGUUCAGCAAGAGCAGAGGAUUGGGAGUCUUUGGCAAUGAUGCUCAAGAUACGGGCAUUCCAGCUGAUGUUUGGCGCUUCUAUUUAGCAUGUGCACGUCCAGAGGGUCAAGAUUCCAGCUUCAGUUGGAAUGAUUUGGAAGCUCGAAAUAACUCUGAAUUGCUGAAUAAUUUGGGAAAUUUCAUUAAUCGCGCACUCAUGUUUUGCGAAAAGAACUUUGGGGGUGUUGUACCACAGAUAGUUCUUCAGCAUGAAGAUCAUGUGUUGCUAGCGCAAGCCAAUAGGGAAUACCGCGAGUAUGUGGCGUGCAUGGAGAAAGCCAAAAUGCGUGAUGCUAUCAAACAUAUUUUGAACGUAUCACGACAUGGAAAUCAAUUUAUGCAAUCAACACAACCGUGGGUACUUAUAAAGGGCACAGAUGACCAAAAAUCACGGGCAGGGACAGUGAUUGGGCUAUGUGCGAAUAUUACAGUACUUUUGGCCACUCUUAUUUUCCCAUUUAUGCCUGAUACUGCAAGGAAAAUCUAUAAGCAGGCGAAUGUGAAUGGAGGCUUCAUUAAUCCUAGUGAUUUAACUAUAAAAAUGAUGCUGAAACCUGGUCACAAGAUUGGCAAACCUGAACCACUUUUUGCCAAGAUCGAUCCUGCACGAAUUGAAGAGCUAAAGCUGAAAUACGGUGGGCAGCAGUUUGGCAAUGAAAAGCCCGAGAAGCUUCAGAAGGCAGCUGAUCCACAACCGAGUAAUCUAUCGAUCGGGGAUUUGGAGAAAGCCAUAGCUGAGCAGGGUGAGAAGGUAAGACAACUCAAGGCAUCAGCUGAGAAGGCCGUUUGGCAACCAGAAGUGGAAAAACUUCUAGCGCUGAAAAAGCAGUUAGCAGUAAGUACUGGGCAACCAGAGAAUGAUAGUGCUAAGAAUAAGAAAAAAAAGAAAUAAGCUGCCAGUCAGACAUUAUUUAAAUAUAAUCUAAUUUGUCUAUUUUAAUUUAUUUUCUUUUUGGAGGUUGUCAAUGGCAGUAUUUGAAUAAAUAUGUACUGUACACGUA